UUAACGUUUCCAUAUGGUAAAGUAUACUUAGGUUCCCAUAUAGCUAUAUGUUAAUGGUCUACACAUGGGCUGGUGGUAACGCAGUAGAAAGGGGGGGGGGUCCAUAACAUAAGCCAGUGUCUCUUUAAAAAAAAAUUGAAGUUUCUUGUUGUAUUCUGGAAUGAGGUCAGACACGAGGCUCCUCAUUGCACGCGCUGAUUAUUAUUAGAUUCCAUUUUUGGCCAAUCAGCGCUGAAGGGGGCGUGUGUUUGGCUCAGAGGCAGGGUAGUGACAGCGUGCCAUUGGUGGAUUUUUAUCGCCGUUGUAUCUCGGGAAGGGAUAAAUGCAAGCAAGGGGGGCCGGGUCUGGAGGGCUGCUUGAAACUCGACUGCAGGUCUGCAGAUGGAAGGCGGACAGUGUAACUCGCUCUAGGUUUCUUUUUUUCCUCCCCACCAUGCAUGACUUUUGUUUCUAGGAGAGGGGACAGAGUUGAUGCAGAGAAAAGCACUUACUUUACACACUGUACUUGGGAGCCAUUUGUAAGUGCCCGAGCGCACAGUGUGGCACUCAGUCUGCGCUCUGCAGCUGCAUAGACUAUGUUCAGUCACCACACGGCUGAAUUGAUUUUAUAACACAGAAGGAAGAGACUGAGAGAGACUGAUAACAGGGUACACAGUGGAGAGUGGGCUAUACUGUCUGUGCUGUUUCAACACCUACAGAACCUGGAAAUUAAACUUUUUUUUUUUUUUUUUUUUUUUUUUUUUUAACACAUCCAGCCUUUUAAGGCUACUCUGGACUGAACUGUUGCCGAGUUUACUGCACAUCUCAGGAGUGAAUUAUUUCUUGCGCUUUUUUCUACUGAGCUCAAACUGUGAAGAGGGGGAGAAAAUAGCUGAGUUUGCUUUAAAGUGAAUUGGAGGACCAAGGAGAGAGGGAGAGAAGGAGCAAGUACACCGCUCUCCCUCUGUGUAACUGGGCAGCAUGGUGCAGAAAAUGAGCCACACAGAGAGCACCGCCGAGGCGCUGUCCUUUUUCGCUGGGGAUUCGAGCUCCGACUCCGGGGCGUGCAUGGAUCUGGACCCGGCCGCCUCGCCUCUCUCCCCGGGCUCCACAGCUUCUUCGACCGGGGACAAGCUGGGAGACAACCCGGCAUGGUGUAAAACUCCAAGCGGCCAUAUCAAGAGACCCAUGAACGCAUUUAUGGUGUGGUCACAGAUAGAGAGGAGAAAGAUCAUGGAACAGUCUCCGGACAUGCACAACGCUGAGAUCUCCAAGAGGCUGGGCAAGCGGUGGAAGCUGCUCAGAGACAGCGACAAGAUCCCCUUCAUCAGAGAGGCGGAGCGGCUCAGACUCAAGCACAUGGCGGACUAUCCCGACUACAAGUACCGGCCGAGGAAGAAGGUAAAAUCAAGCGCCUCUAAGCCUGGCAGUAAUGGAGACAAGGGAGAGAAACUCAACAGUAGCUCUAACAACACCAGCACUAAGACAUCCUCAUCUUCGAGGAAGAAUGGAUCCAAAUCACCCAGCAGCAGCAAACCCCACAAAUCACUUUUCGGGAGCAGCAGCAGUAGCACCAAAGCAUCACCGUUUGCCUCUGAGCACCCAUCAGAGCACCAUCACAACUCUCUCUACAAGUCGAAAUCUGUCUCCUCAGCAGCCAAGCAGAUACCGGAUGGCAAGAAGCCCAAGCGGGUGUACGUCUUCGGGAGCAGCGCGGCCAGCUUGAGCGUCAGCCCCACGUCCUCCGUCGUAGUCCCGGCCAGCCCGACGCUCAGCAGCUCGGCGGACUCCAGCGAUCCGCUCAGCCUGUACGAGGACUCGGCCAGCGGCAGGGAGGAGGGAGCCGAGUCCCCCAGCAGCAGCAGCAGCAGCAGCAGCAGCAGCAGCAGCAGCAGCCUGGGCGGGUCUUCAGAGCGCCACGGCGGGCACACAUACAGCAGUCGGCGGGCUUCCUCACCGACUCCCUCCGGCUCUCACUCCUCGGCCUCGUCCCACUCGUCCUCCUCCUCUUCCUCGGAGGAUGAAGAGUUUGAGGACGACUUGCUCGACAUUAACCCGAGCCCCAGCUUCGAUAGCAUGUCGCUGGGGAGCUUUGGCUCCUCGGUGCUGGACAGAGACUUGGAUUUGAACUUUGAGUCCGGCUCCGGGGGCUCCCACUUCGAGUUCCCCGACUACUGCACGCCCGAAGUCAGCGAGAUGAUCUCCGGGGACUGGCUGGAGUCCACCAUCUCCAACCUGGUGUUCACUUACUGAGUGAGCAAAGUGCAGACGACGACAGGUAAUGUCCUGCGCGUAGAAAUAUGACCACAAACAAACAGGGGUUCCUGGUACAGUGGGUGUACUAAUAGUUUGUGUUAUAACUACACCAGACUAGUAAAGCCCCACUGAAACUACCCCCCGUCCCUUCUCGUCCAUAAAAGCAAACGAUGCAAGUCCUUGGAAAGCUAAACUUUAAAGCGAAUAACUUGCUUUUUGUACUUUUCUUUGGAUGCGUGGACUGUGGGACUUGGUACAACCACGAAAGUGGAGGGAGUGCAAAACAAGGGGAGAAACGAGGAGAGACAGACAGGGUUUCUUGUGAAACGCUUCGUCCUGGACUGUUUUGAACUGAACAACUUAACUGUGAUUGAUUUGCACGUAAUGCGGUCCGCCGUUCACUUAAUCAAUGUUGUUGCUGACUUAAAAAAAAGGGACAUUUCACAACUUUUUACCAAUCGCCAAGUGAACUUCACCACUAAAAAGGUACAGAAAUAGGACUGUCGUGCGACAUUUUUAUUGUGGUGUGUCACCGAAAGGAAUUUUUAAUGAAACCGAGGUGGGUUGAUGUUUUUUAAAAGUCGAAUAUUUUCUCAAAAGCAAAAAACAUGUUAAGCAUGAUAGCCUACUUUGUUCCUAUCUUGUGCUGAGAUUUCCUGUAAGACUGUCGAGCAGUUAAAAAAAAAAAAAAAACUAGUAUUAGGAUUAUUUAAAUGGAUAGGUGGCGCUCGCUUCGGUUCUUCUCUUUAAAAAAAAAAAAAAAAAAAAAAAAAAAUGGACAUUGAAAUAAUCACCAGCUGUUGUAAUUUUUCAGACUUCAGGAUUCAAACGCAACUUCAAAUCUGUGCUGAACUUUAUACACGUGUUCUCUACGAUUCAGGACCAAAAUUCUUUAAUGUUGAUUUCAGAUGAUAGUUAUAGAAAUCCUCACCGAUUUUUUUUCAUCCUCUGAGCUUUGUUUUGUACAUGUAUUCAGAUGCCAUUUUAUAUGGGAUGUUGUAUUUAUAUACUGGGCCAAGCGUUUUUGACUUGAUCAUUUUUUUUAUUUCUUGUAUACAUGAUCUAAUCCUGUUUUUGUUUUUUUCUUACACGGUUGUUUGUCUGUAUGUCUGUGUCUGUCACAUUUCCUUCUCAGGCGAAGGGCUAGAGUUUUAAAAACACACAACUUUUGAUUUCUUUUUAUAUUUAAAUGUACACACUUUUUGGACACUUAAAAGAGAGGAAACAGUUUGAUUAUUUUCUCAGUGUAUUUUUGUACAAAUCUAUAUAGAAGAUGGGGGAGUCAACAAUCGGUGUGUGUAGCCUACUAAUACAGCUGUAUUGGAUUUCCUAAUUUUUAAUACCCCGGCAGGCUGGUUUUCAUGCUGCCUUCAAGUGCUCAAGGCUCGUACGUAUGCUAUUUUGUUGCCUGUUCAAAUGCUUUUGUAAGGACAGCCAGCAAAACAGACCUUAUAUCACUAUGUUGCCUAAUGUUUGACUUUAAAAAGUAAAGGCACCAACCUACUUUUUACUUAUGUGACCGAGCAGAGGAGAUAAUAUGAAUCAGGUAUGUAAUUGGUGUUUCAAUCCACUAAUUUGGCAAAGUUUGUUUGACUCUUACCAGCAAUUACUGACAAGACCUCUUUGAUGUCCAAUGCCUGCACAUCAUGUGUUGUCAGCAGGGGCACGAGAUACUUAACGACGCAGUUAUGAGGAUGCAAUUACGAUUUUCCCGACAGCACUUGAAGGCAGCACCAGCCUUUGUAUCAGCCUACCUUCUACGUUUACAGUGCUGGUCUACAGGCUCCUUAAAGACACAGGAACGCAUUAUUUAUAGAGGCUGUUCCUGUGGACCCUGUGGGUUUAACAGCAUCACUAUCUUCAGCAGCCACUUGUUUUUUUGUUGUUUUUUGUUUGUUUGUUUGUUUGUUUUUGUUUUUUUUUAGCAUUUCCAGUCAGAUAUCUUGCCUAUGACAACAAAUGAGGAGAUUGUAGCUUUAAAUUUGACUUAUUUCUUGAUGUUUUCAUUAAUUGAUGUCAAAUUUGCCAAUCAACCACUGGAUUGAACAGGCUAUCAAUAUAGCAAGCAAGCAACAAGGAUGACAACAUCAAGCAUAUUCAAAUUUCUGACUUGAGUUCCGCAACACCUACUUGUACUGCGUUUCUCAUUGUAUUUGAAUAUAUAAUCUUUUCUACUUGUCGGCUAACUAUUAGCUAAUAAUUGUUUUAGUAUCUUUAUGGCAUGGUGAAUAGCAUUUGUAUUUCAGAUUCAGGUUAUUAGCUGUUGUGUUUUUCAGAAAAAAUGAAAAAAUGAGGAAAAAACGAUGAAACGUGAACUCGAUCUUUGUAUAUUUGACUGUAUCAUAAAGCAAAAAGAUUGUGUGUUUAUGUAUGUUGUUGCUAUCGAGGACAGGCACUGUCUAGAACUGCUAUCUUUUACACAUCCUUACUUACAUUUAAGGUGGUCAGUUCAGGACUCUUUUUUUAUAUAUAUAUGAAAGCAUUUUUAAAUAUAUUAACUUUAUUUUUCAUCCAUCCUGUGCAAUAUGCUGUGUAGAAUUAUCAUUUAUUGUCUCUAAUCAUGCCAUAAACAAAGGGCCCACCCUUUUUUUGAGACUCAGAGAAAGGGGGGGGAAACUCAUGCCAGCUAAAUUGUGUCCAUUCACUGCCUGUCAGAUUGUUGAUAUAAACUUGUGUACAGAACUUUUUCAAGGAAGGAUAAUAAAUAUCAGCUGGAACUGAAA